AUGGCUAAUGAGCACACUGUACGUCGAGGAUUUGAGAAGAUCCUGUCUGGUGACUUUACUCUUGAAUAUCAGUCCCGUCGCAUACAUGAGACGAAGUUGGGUAAUGAUGCGCUGGAAACUGUAGUGGAAGCGAAUACAUCUCAAACUACACGUGAAUUAGCAGCAAGCUUUCGAUUCCAACAGAAUCUUUGGUAUGCCAGGCGAAGUGCUCAGAGUUUGACUUCGAUUAUUUUAAUAGUAAAAUCUAAUCCGACGCACGAGGAUGAAAAACGAUUGAAAGACAACCUGCUGUUGAAUUACAGAAAAGAUAUAAGACCUGUUAUUGAUUUGUUUACUUCUGUCGAUAUAUAUACUGAUUUGGAUCUUCAUACACUCUAUGAUUUGGACUUUGUAAAUAACAUACUCAAGGCUCGGUAUAUGAUUGGGUCAUAUUGGACCGACGCAUAUCUAAUCUGGAAACCAUCAGAAUAUAACAAUAUUACAGAAAUAAAUUUACCAAGACAGGAAAUAUGGACCCCAUCUCUUAUAAUGUGUAAUUCAGUGAAUGAACCAGAUGAUACGAAUAUCAAUCAAGAAACCAAGAUUUAUUAUGAUGGAACUGUCGAGAUGUGGUCACUUAAGUACAUAGAGACCUAUUGCCAAGUGAACGCUUAUACGUAUCCAUUUGAUGAGCAUAAGUGCGAAAUACAUAUAUGCGUUGCUGUACAAUCUAUUCGUCAAACGAGAAUACAAAAAAUGUAUUACAAGAAUCUAAAUGUUACAGAAAACUACAAGUGGGAUAUCAAUAUGUUUGGAGUGGUAUUUCAAGAAAAUGAUGCGGGCAGUCAGGCAUCUGCGGUGAUGUAUCUACGACGCAAACCUACAGUAGGAAUCAUAGCUAUGCUGAUUCCGACUGUAAUGAUGACUGUUUUAACCAUUUUUGUAUUUGUUCUGCCGCCUGAAUCAGGAGAGAAAGUUUCUCUAGCUACGACAAUAUUUUUAUCAAACGUUUUGUAUCUUGUUGAAAUCGAUAAGAAUACACCGAAAAAUUCGAAAUAUCCGUCACUUCUCAUGUUAUAUUUAAUGUUAUUGUCAAUGUUAAGUGGUAUGGUCACACUUGGAUCGGUGGUUAUAAGCAAGUUGUAUGUUAAUCGGUCAUCCCGAGAAAAGAAAUCGACAGACCGAAAGAAAAACAAAUCUCAAAGUAACAACAUUGCAGAUAUUUCAAUAAUUUCCAUGGUAAAAUCUGAAUCUCUUGAAGGGGAACUUCAAAGUAAGAAAAAGAGAAAUUGUAUCUCCGACUACAUAAGACUGGAUGCCAUAUUCUUAAAAAUUGGGAUUGUUAUAUCGAUUAUAAUUUCAAUAUUAUUUACCACUUUGCUAUUUACACCAAUGGAGUAA